AUGCCGGGCAGUGGCCCCAGCGAGAGGAUGACGUGGCCGGGCCCGGCCCUCCCCACGGCCCCCCCAACCCGCCCUCUCUCCUCAGCCCCGGGGACACCGCCCAUCCCGCCCCUCACCCGGACCCGCAGCCUCAUGGCCAUGUCCCUGCCAGGCAGUAGACGGGCCUCUGGUGGAUCCCGCAGGCGCACCUCUCCGCCCGUGAGUGUGCGGGAUGCCUACGGCACCUCUUCUCUCAGUAGCAGCAGCAACUCGGGCUCCUGCAAGGGCAGUGACAGCAGCCCCACGCCCAGGCGCUCCAUGAAGUACACGCUGUGCAGUGACAACCAUGGCAUCAAGCCCCCCACCCCGGAGCAGUACUUGACGCCCCUGCAGCAGAAGGAGGUGUGCAUCCGGCACCUGAAGGCCCGGCUUAAGGACACGCAGGACCGGCUCCAGGACCGGGACACAGAGAUCGAUGACCUGAAGACGCAGCUGUCGCGCAUGCAGGAGGACUGGAUUGAAGAGGAGUGUCACCGCGUGGAGGCCCAGCUGGCCCUGAAGGAGGCCCGCAAGGAGAUCAAGCAGCUCAAGCAGGUCAUCGACACCGUCAAGAAUAACCUGAUCGACAAGGACAAGGGGCUGCAGAAGUACUUUGUGGACAUCAACAUCCAGAACAAGAAGCUGGAGACGCUAUUGCACAGCAUGGAAGUGGCCCAGAACGGCUUGGCCAAGGAGGACGGCGCGGCCGAGUCGGCCGGUGGCUCCCCGGCCCGCUCUCUCACCCGCAGCUCCACCUACACCAAGCUGAGUGACCCCGCUGUCUGCGGCGACCGCCCGCCCGGGGACCACCCUGGCACCUCGGCCGAGGAUGGGGUCGACAGCGGCUUCGCGGCCAACGAUGACACCCUGAGCCGGACGGAGGCGUUGGAGGCCAGCAGCCUGCUGUCGUCAGGGGUGGACUGCGGCCCCGAGGAGCCCUCAUCUCUACACAGCUCCUUCAGCCUGGGGCCCCGCUUCCCCGCCAGCAACACCUACGAGAAGCUGCUGUGUGGCACGGAGGCCGGCGUGCAGGCCAGCUGCAUGCAGGAGCGUGCCAUCCAGACGGACUUCAUGCCAUCCCAGCCUGACCUGGAUACCAUCCUGGAGAAAGUGACCCAGGCCCAGGUCUGCGGGAUGGUCCCCGAGUCAGGGGACAGGCGCCCAGAGCUGGAUCCCCACCCCCCGGGGCCCAGAGACCCCAACUCUGCAGUGGUGGUGACGGUGGGGGACGAGCUGGAGGCCCCAGAGCCCAUCAUCUGGGGGCCCACCCCACAUCACCCUGGUGCCCACCCAAACCCCAGCCCGUCGGUGAGCGUGGCGUGCCCCGUGGAAGAGGAGGAGGAGGCAGCCACGGCCGAGAAGGAGCCCAAGAGCUACUGGAGCCGCCACUAUAUCGUGGAUCUGCUGGCCGUGGUGGUGCCCGCCGUGCCCACGGUGGCCUGGCUCUGCCGCUCCCAGCGGCGCCAGGGCCAGCCCAUUUACAACAUCAGCUCGCUGCUGCGGGGCUGCUGCACCGUGGCCUUGCACUCCAUCCGCAGGAUCAGCUGUCGCUCGCUGAGCCAUCAGGGCCCGAGCGCCGCUGGCACGACCGCCGGAGGCAGCUCCCAGCUCUGA